GACGGACAGACACACGUGCGCAUGACAAAAAAAGAAAAAGAAAAUAAUAACCAGAGCAAAAUCCACCAACACACAAAAAUGGGCAAGUCACGACGGAACAGGGAUCGGGCCCAUCGUUCUGAUCCCGUGGGAAAGCCCAAGCCAGCCCCGACAGACCCGGAGCUGGCAAAACUGCGCGAGUCCAAGAUCUUGCCAGUCCUCAACGACUUGAAAGCCUCCGAUCCCAAGAAGCGUACUUCUGCCGCCGGUGCAAUCGCCAACAUUAUCACAGAUCAAAAAUGCCGGAAGCUGCUCUUGAGGGAACAAGUCGUUCACACAGUGCUCACCGAGACCUUGACCGACUCGAGCCUGGAGAGCCGAGCUGCCGGCUGGGAGAUCCUCAAGGUGUUGGCUCUUGAGGAGGAAGCCGACUUUUGCGUUCAUCUUUACAGGGUCGAUGUGUUGUCCGCAGCCGAGCAUGCAUGCAACUCGGUGCUCGAGGCCCUCAAGUCCUCUAGCCCUGUGUUUUCCAAACUCCCCAAGGCUCAGCAAGGGUUCAUAUGGAGCAUUGCCCAUGCUCUCUCAACCCUGAUAGGAGAGCUUGGACAAGCUCAAGAUGAAAUCCUGAAAGCCGUAACAGCCAACACGAGCAUCGCUCGCUUUUUGUUUGGCCUAACCUCCCACAGUAGCACCACGGCCGAGGUGCUUUCCAGCGCUCUUACAUGCCUGAUGACGCUAUCAGAGGAUAAUAGGACUCUCUGUGAAAUGAUACUCAACGACCAGGAGACAUUUUGCUACAGAAAUCUCAAAAAACUAUCCGAGUCCGGCGGACUAAGGGGCGCUCUUUCUUGCGGAGUCCUCCACAAUCUCUUCUCUGCUCUCGAAUGGCAUGACCAUUCCCCCGGCCUGGAAUCUGCUUGUGACGCCAUUCUCGUCCCACUACUUACUCGGGAGAUCUCAUCAGCUAGAUUGGAUGUCGAGGACACGCACUGGGACGUGCUUCAAACCACACUCGAGGUUCUUGCUUCCAUAGCAACAAACUUACAGACAACUUUGGAGAAGGGCAACAAAGCAGAAGACGAGUGGGAAGGCAUCAAAGAUGACGAAGAUCAAGUUAUGGACUUGGAUGAUGAUGUUGACGAUACUGUUGAGGAUGACUACAUGAACGGAGACGAGCAUAGCGACGACGAAGCUGCAGGCCAGGAUGAUGACAGCGAGAUGGACGACGAGGAGCUGAUGGCGGACAUGGAAAAGGUCACCGGAGCGGAUCACGAGCCCGAGGAGCCCGCUCACCUGCAUGACCUGCCGACUUUGAGCAACUUCCUAGAGGCGGCAGUUCCAUCCUUGAUCCGUAUCACAUCAUCUUCCCCUGCCAGCGAGGAGGCGCUAGCAAUCCAGGGUGUUGCACUCUCUGUCCUCAACAACCUGGCAUGGACCGUAUCAAGCCUCGACUUCUCCAACGGGGAGAACGCCACGGUGCGCAAGGUGUGGUAUCCCGUGGGGUGCGCUAUAUGGGAGAAGACUGUGGCGCAUAUACUGUCCAAUGACACGGCCGACGUCGAGCUCGCUGCGCUCGUCACAAGCUUGGCCUGGGCCAUCUCGCGCACUCUUGGAGGCAAGACGCCCGUUCACGGGGACGAACACCGCAAGUUUAUCUCCCUGUACAAGGCCGCAAAGAACAUGCCGGAGCCUGCGCAGGCUGGGGAAGAUCCGUUUCAGGGCUUGGGGGUCAAAUGCAUCGGCGUGCUGGGCCAGCUGGCCCGAGACCCGUGCCCGGUGGGCGUGAACCGAGAAAUUGGGAUUUUCCUCAUUACAAUCAUCUCGGCAGCGACCGAGGUCCCCACUGCAGACGUUGUCGAGGCGCUUGAUCAGUUCUACGACAUAUAUGGCGACGAGAACUUGGCAUGCGACAAUGAGGUUUUCUGGAAAGACAAGUUCCUAGAGCACCUGGAAGGUGCCGUCCCGAAAGUCAAAUCGAUGGUGAAGUCAACCGAUAAGAGGAAACAGUCUGAACUAAGGUUGCGGGCAGAAGAGGCCGCUACAAACAUGCCUCGGUUUAUUGCUUACAAGAAAAAGCACAGGCCUUCAUGAGCGCUAGUUCUUCGGUCAUCCCCAACGGAAAUUCCCACAGGUGCGGUGUCAAAUCAACUCAUCUGUACCUGACCAGACUAAGUUGAGACUAGCUUGCGGGCCGGGUAAGCCUUGAUUCUCUUGUCACCAGUGUUUGGUUACAUCUGUAACUGCGAGCUUAGUCAAUAGUCUAUAGGAGGGCGAGGCCGAUAUCGCAAAGGUUGAUAGCUGUCAGAAAAAAAAAAAAAGGUUGAUAGGCAAUGAAUUAAACACUUGAAGGUAGCUCAGGUAACCAAGGAACAUCGUAUAAUGAACCUGUCUACCUAGGUAUUCUACUUUAACUUGAGCCUCACUGACCGCUAUUGGGCCUAACUCACUUCGUCUCAUCAAGUCACUCAUAUGUCAUGCCCGUUUCUUGAAGGCUGUCACUUCCACUGUUCAGACAUUAACUAUAGCUCGCACGGUCUCUACUAUUAGGGACUGUUUUGGGAUCAGAGAAAAUUUCAUCGUGGCGAUUAUUCGUAUGAAUACCAUUGCUGCUGAAACGAGC